GGGGGGAGAGGGUGCCGAGCGGGGCCGCGCGCCCCCCCCGCCACGGAGGAGGAUUGCUGGAUGAAGGCCGACCCCAGGACUCUGAGCCAGAUGUCCGAGAAAAGUUGGAUUUCUUUGUGAGCAGCUCACACAGCACCCGCAAGUGCCCUUCCCCUUUGUGGCUCCUGGAGGUGUCGAGAUCCUCAUGCAGACAUGGCAUUUAGAAGGACAGAGGGAAUGUCCAUCAUCCAGGCCUUGGCAAUGACCGUGGCAGAGAUCCCCGUGUUUGUUUACACGACGUUCGGGCAGUCUGUCUUCUCUCAGCUGCGGCUCUCUCCAGGCCUGCGUAAGGUGCUGUUUGCUACAGCUCUCGGGACAGUUGCAUUGGCUCUUGCAGCUCAUCAGCUGAAGCGUCGUCGUCGUCGAAAGAAGCAGAUUGCUCCGGAGAAGUGUGGCUUUAAGCCUGGAGGGAUCACAGUGCCCAUCUUGCCAACCAGAAGAGUCUCCUCCGUGAAGAAAGGGUACUCCAGCAAGAGAGUCCAGAGUCCUGGCAGCAAGAGCAAUGACACGCUCAGUGGGAUUUCCUCCAUCGAGCCCAGCAAACAUUCCAGUUCCUCCCACAGCCUCGCCUCGAUGGUAGUGGUCAAUUCUUCAAGUCCAACACCAGCAUCAGCAGGGAUGUGGGAGGCCCAGGCAAUGGGAGAUGCUGGAGCCAUUGGUGAUUCCAGUGCAGAAAGCCUUUACGUUCAAGGCAUGGAGCUGUUCGAGGAGGCCCUGCAGAAGUGGGAGCAGGCGCUGACCAUCAGGCAGAGGGACAGUGCUAGUACCAGCACCCCUGUGCCCUGGGACAGCAAGAAACAGCAAGAGAGCAUGUCUGAGAACAUCCCAGAGGAGGAGUCCCAGAAAAGGGAGUUCGCUGAGAAGCUGGAGUCCCUCUUGCACCGAGCCUACCACCUCCAGGAAGAGUUCGGGUCUUCACUUCCAUCAGACAGCAUGCUGCUGGAUCUGGAGAAGACUUUAAUGCUUCCAUUGACGGAUGGGUCAUUACGGCUCCGGACAGAUGACGAAGACAGCUCAGUUUCUGAGGACUCCUUCUUCUCUGCAGCAGAGCUCUUUGACUCUCUCCACUUUGAGGAAAUACCAUUCCACCUCUCUAAGCCAGUAGCAGCAUAUGAAGAAGCUCUGCAGUUAGUGAAAGAAGGGAAAGUUGCGUGCCGGACGCUGAGGACAGAGCUCCUUGGCUGCUACAGCGACCAGGAUUUCCUCGCGAAGCUGCAUUGCGUCAGGCAGGCCUUCCAGGAGCUGCUGGAGGAUGAAAGCAAUCAACUGUUUUUUGGAGAGGUUGGGAAGCAAAUGGUGAUAGGACUGAUGACAAAAGCUGAAAAGAAUCCCAAAGCUUUUCUGGAAAGCUACGAGGAGAUGCUGCAUUAUGCACUGAAGCAAGAGACCUGGCCGACAACUCAGCAGGAGCUGGAAGGAAGAGGGGUGGUGUGCAUGAGUUUCUUUGAUAUUGUGCUGGACUUCAUCCUCAUGGAUGCUUUUGAGGAUCUGGAGAACCCGCCCUCCUCUGUGCUGGCUGUGCUGCGCAACCGCUGGCUCUCCGACAGCUUCAAGGAGACGGCUCUAGCAACUGCCUGCUGGUCAGUUCUGAAAGCAAAAAGGAGGCUUCUGAUGGUACCAGAUGGCUUUAUCUCUCAUUUCUACUCCGUAUCGGAGCAUGUCAGUCCUGUUCUAGCCUUUGGUUUUCUGGGGCCCAAGCAGCAGCUAUCUGAAGUCUGCAGUUUCUUCAAGCACCAGAUAGUACAAUAUCUAAAGGACAUGUUUGAUUUGGACAACGUGAGAUACACAACAGUGCAGUCGCUGGCAGAAGACAUUUUGCAGCUCUCGCGGCGGCGCAGUGAGAUCCUCUUGGGAUAUCUGGGCACCGAGACUUCCCCUGAGAUGAAUGGCAUGCUUCCUGGUGAAAAUGAGACACUGAAGGAGCUCAUCUGAUGUCAGUCAGGGGAGGAAAACAGUUUUGUACAAGGACCUUUUUCCUCCCAGAGAUGGAUAAAACUACCUGCAAUGUGCAGUGGUGGCAGCAAGACUAUCUCAACACACAGCAACCUGGUGGGACCUUCUGCUUUUUGUAGCCAGUAGUGUUUGCUGGGAUGGAUCCAGGACCGCUUGCCAGCUUAUGGUUUGAAUUUCUUCUUUGUUCCACCUUCCUGUUCUUUUUAUCAUUAUUAUUAUUUUUAACGUGUCAUAUAAACCAUGAACUGCCUGGGCCCAGAUUUUUGCCCAAUUCUCUUGAAUAGGGCAACAUACGUACCUGUUUUGCCUGUGCGUUUUCUGGGAGAUAAUCCCUGACGUUUACGAUUGUGUGUGGGAGCAGGAACAUCACUGGUAAAUUCUCCACUUGACCCUUAGCUUCUCAAGAAGGCUUUGUUUCCUUUGGGAUUUUUAUUAUCGUUCUUCUCUGCUGUGUUUCUACAGACAUUACUGCUGAUUUUUACCUUACGUGUUUUAACACAUGCAAUGUGACUAGCAAAGAUUUCUUUCCCAGAGAGGAAGAAAUACUUCUGUAAAGCACUGAAGUAAAAUGCAGACUUUUGUAACCGGUCUGAAGCUCUAAGGAACUUGGUCUGUUCCCUCUGUCUCACUGCUCUUUGCAGGUGAGAUAACUGGCUCUGUGCCGUGGUCAUCCUUGCUUAGGAGAUGGCUGAAGUCUACGUUUGCCCCUAAGGCAAGCUAGUGUGAGGAGGGGGUGGAUUUGCAUCCUGCCUGUGCAUGCACAAAGUCUUCAACAUCCAUCAAAGUGCCUUGCUGUACUUCAGAAUGAGCCAGCAGCAGUUUUUGCUGGGUAGGAGGUGUGGGGUGUACACAAGCAGAGGGAACCGGUGUAGCGUGGUGCCUAUUCCUGUUAUGCACAAGGUAGUAAGAGGUGUAGAUGUUGGAUGUGAUGUACGAAAGGGGUUAUGUGUGCAGGUAGCUGGAGAGCUGGGAUCAAGCUGCUAGAGAGGAAAUGACUUUCUAGUCUGUCAAUCCUAAGAAACAUAGCGUAGUUUUGGGUAUAGAUCAAAUGCCUGUGUAUGUAUGACCUUGUAGUGCUGGGACGGCUCUUCUCAAAUGAUGUGAUCCUGACUGCACAGCCGGCACUUGAAAUCGGGCUGCUUUGGGACACGUGCUGAGUUGGAUACUAGCGCAGGAUAGCGGCAGUGGAGUGCGCUGGACUUGAGGCAGUCCUGGCUUUUGUGUGAGGUUUGCAGUGAUUUGCUGAGUCCUCUGAGUGCAAUGCCACAGAUGAAGGUUGAGGGUCCAGCCUGUGCUUUCUCCAGUUUCAGUCCACAUACAGCUCCAAGUCCCAGCCUCAGAAUGAGGAGGUCUUCAGGGAGAAGAAAGUGAGGACUUCCACAAAAACAGACUUCACUGUUUUUUCUCCCGAGUGAUUAGUUAUCCCUUGUGUCUGUUCCAGGUAAAAGGCAUAAGUCUUACCUAGCCAUAUCUUUGCAAGGGAAGAAAAAAUAUGUAAGAAUCUGGAGUUUCCAUAUGAGUGGAAAGUCAGUGCAUGGGCUUGGAGAAUACAAAUGUCUUCUUUCUUCCUCUUCAGAUAUCUAAUGUGGAUCCUGCUGGUAAAAGCAGGAAGGAAGUAAGCAGGCAAAAAGUAAACAGGAGGAUGUAAAAGGAGUAGACAAAUGCUCCUGAGAUGCUUGCAAGAGGGUAAGCAUAGAGCACGUAACAUCUGUUGCUCUAUAAGCACAUCAGACUGAUGUGGCUUAUCCUGAAGACCAGAUUAAUGCAAUAAACAAGACAGUGCUGAGGCAGAAGUGAGGAGCAGCUGACCCAGGUGAGGCUGCAUGAAAUAAACUGUUAUGAGAAGCAUUUAAGAGACAGCAGUUGAAACUAGGAAAGGUCUCGGAGGUGUCUUGCUCCUGGCAGCAUGCAGUGAGAGAAGAAACAGAGGAUGUUGUAUUAGCACAACACACCUGCUAUAUGUAAACUGUGAUUCAAAAGUACAUUAUAUUCUGAAAGCAAGUUACUUUGCCAAAAAAAGUUUAUAGUGCUUUGUGCUCUUGUAUGGCUGGUUUAGAAGAAAGAGGAACUUCAGCAGCUUUGUAUAGUGGUUAAAAAGAUGCUAAAAUGUGAAGAUUAAUGUAAUAAGAUGGAUUGUAAUUCUAAACAAUCAGUGCUGUUAAUUUCUCAUUUUUAGAGUUGUUUUAUGUGUAUUUAUUUACUACUUUGAGUGUCUUUUGGCCUCAGUGCUUGGGGCAGCCUGCCUGCUUUGUGUACAGGCAAGAACACUGGCCGCUGACUUUGGUCUUUUCGUGUCCUUGCAGGAGAGGAUACUGAAACAGGGUGGCCAUGAAGCAAACACUAACUUGCACUGCGGCUUUUUAAGCUAAGAAAUUGUGAAUUCCUAAUCAAUCCAAUGGAAGAAAGACAGUUUUAUUACAGCUUUAUGCUUUUCCUUAGCCCUUAUUGCAAAUAGGGUACACUGCCCUCCCAGUCAAGGUAAAGAGGAAUCUUCCUCAAACAUCCGCAGCUUCUUGAACGUUGAGUUCUCCCCCUCUGCCCACCAACACUAACUUGCUCCUGCACAAGCCAAGGAUGUUGUCUGAGACAAACUGAUUUUCUCUUUACUGGGGAGGAUGUUAAACUUCUCUACACCCGCCCUGCGAUUUCAUUGCUGCUCUUUCUCCUUCCCCAAUGCCAGUGUAGCUUGAGAGGAAAGGCAGAAGAAAGGUGUUUGCAGCCUCUGAAGGGUACUGUUCAGAUCAGCGGGUUCAGAGGAGCUGUUCCUGUGGAAGAAGCUCUCCCUGACCUGAGGGGUGGUGGUCAGUGACCUGCUGCGUUCAGCUCCUUCGGAUGCAACCCCGAGCAGGGGCUCAGGCUGCUCCCACUGAUCCCAUCCAGAGCAGGGCUUGGCCCAAAUGGCAACCACCUCAUACUCAUCUGUUUUGCAGGGUAGAGUAAAAGGUUAUGACCGAACAACUGUCUGCCCUCUGGCUUCGUAAGAGAUCACUAGAAAAUCCUGUUUUCCCCAGCAUAUUGUAUUUUAGCAAAGGAAAUCAUUCAGUAUUAGUAGCAGACGAGAUACGUAUUCGGGUAGAAUCUCUAGAGAUAAGAUAUUUGCCUUUUUUAUAAUGAACCCUUAUUCUCAAGGGGUUAAAUCAUUCUGGGCUGACACUUGCAAGAUUUUAACACUGAUGGGGAUUUAAAGUGGCUUAGCAGCUAUGAAAUAAAAUCCUUCAAUAGUUUCUGAUGCUUAAACAGAAUUUCAAAUAUGCAUGACUUUCAGUUUUUAUGUGGUAGUUGUAACAAGCUUCACCAGUGGUUGAAGUACGUACUCAGUACUUCAGUAUGUAUGUAGAGACUGCACCAAAUGGCUCUAGGAGGGUCUUUAUGAUCUUUAAAGCACAAAUACAUUAAUUAAAAAAAAAAAAAAAGAGGAAAAAUCUGCCUUGUAUCUAUGAGAUCAGCAUGGCUUUGAAGAGCAUGACUUGUGCUGUCUCAUACAAGGAGGUGGGAAAGCAGGAUUUUAUUUACCCCUCUUCAGUAGAACAUUCCUCUGCCAUAUGUGAAACUAAUGAAUGUAAACUUGUGCCUAUUUUUUCUUGAUUUCCUAAAGGUGUAAAAAUCUGUUCUUGUUCUGCUUCUUUUUCUUUGCAGCUAAUUUUUUUUUUUUUAAUACCUUUAAUCUUAGGAUGUGGGCAUUACAAGUCAAAUAAAACUUUCCUUCAUGAUUGUG